UCAGCCUUGAGAUUCAUGCUGUCCAUGAGGAGGACAAGGGAAAGUACACCUGUGAAGCCCGCAAUGGUUGUGGCACCCGCCAGGUGACAGUGGAGUUGACAGUGGAAGAGAGUUUUGGGAAGAAGCGUGAUCGACCCGUUGUUUCCAAAACCUUGGGGGGAAGAUAUUCAGCCUCAGCAGGGUCUUGUCCUAGCAUCUGGGGUGAGUGUCCACCAAAGUUUGCUACCAAGCUGGGCCGAGCAAUGGCCAGAGAAGGACAGAUGGGGCGAUUCUCUUGCAAGAUCACUGGCCGGCCACAACCACAGGUCACCUGGCUCAAGGGAAACGUCCCACUGCAGCCAAGUGCCCGUGUGACUAUGUCUGAGAAGAAUGGGAUGCAGGUUCUGGAAAUCCAUGAGGUCACCCAGGAUGAUGUGGGCGUGUACACGUGCAUGGUGGUGAACGGGUCAGGAAAGGCCUCCAUGUCAGCUGAGCUCUCCAUCCCAGGGAGCAGAUUCCAUGGCCCAGGGCACCAGCCACCGUCAAAAAGCCCAGCAAGUGCAGGCCCUGGAACUUCUAUGCUUUCCAGGACUAGAAGUUUCUCAGACAACUCAAAAAGUUCAGCACCAGGGAAGCCAGAAGCAGCGAGGCAGGGUUUGAACAAUACCAAUAGGUCAUUUGGGAGAAGAGCAGAGGUCCCCAAUUCAGAUGUCAGGAAGGAGGUAACCAAUGGAGUCUCAAAGGGGCCGAAACUGGACAGCCUGGAGACUGCAGCUGCAAGUAAUAACUGCUCCAGCCCCCAGGGAGGACAGUCCCCCAUCUGCACCUCAAACAGCCAGCCACAGCCCCUGCAGGAACCCAAGAACCCUGUCCUGCAGAAGACUUCCAGCUCCAUCACCCUGCAAGCCACAAAAGUCCAGCCGGAACAAAGAGCACCAAUCAUGGGAACCCUGUCUCCUAGGGAAGAGAUGAGUCCAUCUGUUUCCCAGCCAGCCACCCUUUCCACAGGACUCUUGGACCUGGGAAGCACAGAAGUUGUGAGCAAGGUUGCUACCAGGAAAAUCCCCAUGGAGAGCCAGAGCCAUUCAGCAUGGCCCAAGUUUGAGAGUAAGCCCCAAAGCCAGGAAGUCGGUGAAGACCAAGCAGUCAAAUUUAGGUGUGAGGUUUCAGGGAUCCCAAAGCCUGAAGUCACCUGGUUCCUGGAAGACGUUCCAGUGAGCAGACAAGAAGGCACCAUUGAGAUUUAUGAAGAUAACGGGUCCCAUUUCCUCUGCCUGCUGAGAGCUCGGACCAAGGACAGUGGGAAGUACAGCUGCACAGCCUCUAAUAGCCAAGGCCAGGUGUCCUGCAGCUGGACCCUUCUAGUGAAAAGGUUGGUUACAAUGGGGGUAGCCCCCUCAUUCUCCAGUGUCUUAAAGGACUGCACUGUUGUCGAGGGCCAGGAUUUUGUGCUGCAGUGCUCCGUACAGGGGAACCCAGUGCCCCAGAUCACUUGGCUGCUCAAUGGGAAGCCCAUCCAGUAUGCUCACUCCACCUGCAAGGCYGGAGUGGCUGAGCUCAACGUCCUGGAUGCCCUGCCAGAGGACAACGGCACCUACACCUGUCUGGCCGAAAACUCCUUAGGACAAGUGUCUUGCAGCGCCAAGGUCACSGUCCAUGAAAAGAAGAGUGACGGAAAGAGUGGCCUUCUGCCUCUGUCUCCCAACCAGCCUGUGGCGCCCAUCUUCCUACAAGGCCUCUCUGAUCUCAAAGUCAUGGAUGGAAGCCAGGUCACCAUGACAGUUCAGGUGUCAGGGAAUCCACCCCCAGAGGUCAUCUGGCUGCACAACGGGACUGAGAUCCAGGAGUCUGAGGACUUCCACUUUGAACAGAAAGGCACUCAACACAGCCUUUGCAUCCAGGAAGUGUUUCCAGAGGACACAGGCACAUACACCUGUGAGGCCUGGAACAGCUCCGGGGAGGUCCGCACUCAGGCUGUACUCACAGUGCAAGAGCCUCACGAUGGCACCCAGCCCUGGUUCAUCAGCAAGCCUCGCUCGGUGACGGCCUCCCUGGGCCAGAGUGUCCUCAUCUCCUGUGCCAUAGCUGGUGACCCCUUUCCUACUGUGCACUGGCUCCGAGACGGCAGAGCCCUCUCCAGACACACUGUCCAUUUUGAAGUACUACAGAAUGAGGAUGUGUUCACCCUGGUUCUAAAGAACGUGCAGCCCUGGCAUGCUGGCCAGUAUGAGAUCCUGCUCAAGAACAAGGUUGGCGAAUGCAGUUGCCAGGUGUCACUGAUGCUGCAGAACAGCCCUGCCGAAGAAUCCCCACGGGGGCAGGAGCCUGCCAGCUGUGAGGGCCUCUGUGGUAGAGGAGCUGGUGCUGAUGGUGGUGGCGACCGUGAUGGGACCCUGAGGCCCGACUGGCCUGGGAAAGGGCAGGAUUGCCCAGAGGAGGAAGACUGUGAGGACGUGCGGGAGCUGCUGAAGAGGCGUGUGGAGACCCGGCUGCACACAGAGGAGGCCAUCCGCCAGCAGGAGGUGGAGCAGCUGGAUUUCCGCGACCUCCUGGGGAAGAAGGUGAGCACCAAGACUCUGUCGGAAGAAGACCUGAAGGAGAUCCCAGCUGAGCAGAUGGAUUUCCGCGCCAACUUGCAGCGUCAGGUGAAGCCAAAGACUCUGUCCGAGGAAGAGAGGAAGGUGCACAGCCCCCAGCAGGUUGACUUCCGCUCUGUCCUGGCCAAGAAGGGGACUCCUAAGACCCCCGUGCCUGAGAAGGCACCACCUCCAAAACCUGCCACACCUGACUUUCGCUCGGUGCUGGGCAGCAAGAAGAAAUUACCGGCAGAGAAUGGCAGCAGCAGUGCCGAGUCCUCGAGUGCCAAGGCAGUGGAAAGUCCCCAGCCCGUGAGCAACGCACAGCCUGCAGGGUCCCUGAAACCCAUGGGCAAUGCCAAGCCUGCAGAGACCUUGAAACCUGUGAGCAAUGCCAAGCCUGCCGAGACCCUGAAACCCGUGGGCAAUGCCAAGCCUGCCGAGACCCUGAAACCAGCCAGGAAAGAAGAACUGAAGAAGGAGGUUAAGAACGAUGUGAACUGCAAGAGAGGGGCCACAGACAAUGAGAAAAGACCAGAGAGCCAAGGGACAGCCCCAACUUUCAAAGAGAAGCUACAAGAUGUCCAUGUGGCAGAGGGUGAAAAGCUGCUACUCCAGUGCCAGGUGUCCUCUGACCCCCCAGCCACCAUCACCUGGACACUGAAUGGAAAGACACUCAAGACCACCAAGUUCAUCAUCCUCUCCCAAGAAGGCUCACUCUGUUCCGUCUCCAUCGAGAAGGCGCUGCCCGAGGACAGAGGCCUAUACAAGUGUGUAGCCAAGAAUGGUGCCGGCCAGGCGGAGUGCUCCUGCCAAGUCACCGUGGAAGAUGCUCCAGACACUAAGAACACCAAGGCCCCGGAGAUGAAAUCCCGGAGGCCCAGGGGCCCUCUUCUCCCUCUGCUAGGAACGGAGAGUGAUGCAACUGUGAAAAAGAAACCUGCCCCCAAGACACCUCCGAAGGCAGCUAUGCCUCCUCAGAUCAUCCAGUUUCCUGAGGACCAAAAGGUGCGMGCAGGAGAGUCGGUGGAGCUGUUCGGGAAAGUGACUGGCACCCAGCCCAUCACAUGUACCUGGAUGAAGUUCCGAAAGCAGAUCCAGGAGUCCGAGAACAUCAAGGUGGAGAACAGCGAGAUUGGCAGCAAGCUCACCAUCCUGGCUGCACGCCAGGAGCACUGCGGCUGCUACACACUGCUGGUGGAGAACAAGCUGGGCAGCAGGCAGGCCCAGGUCAACCUCACUGUCGUGGAUAAGCCAGACCCCCCAGCUGGCACRCCUUGCGCCUCUGAUAUCCGGAGCUCCUCGCUGACCCUGUCCUGGUACGGCUCUUCAUAUGAUGGGGGCAGUGCCGUACAGUCCUACAGUGUUGAGAUCUGGGACUCGGUGGAMAAGACGUGGAAGGAACUAGCCACAUGCCGCAGCACCUCUUUUAACGUCCAGGAACUGCUGCCUGACCGCGAGUACAAGUUCCGCGUGCGCGCAAUCAAUGUCUAUGGAACCAGUGAGCCGAGCCAGGAGUCUGAGCUCACAGCCGUGGGAGAGAAACCGGAGGAGCCGAAGGAUGAAGUGGAGGUGUCUGAUGAUGAUGAGAAAGAGACUGAGAUUGACUACCGAACAGUGACGGUCAACACGGAACAAAAAGUAUCUGACUUCUAUGACAUUGAAGAGAGACUAGGAUCUGGGAAAUUUGGACAAGUCUUUCGACUUGUAGAAAAGAAAACUGGAAAAAUCUGGGCAGGGAAAUUCUUCAAGGCAUAUUCAGCAAAAGAGAAAGAGAACAUCCGGCAGGAGAUCAGCAUCAUGAACUGCCUCCACCACCCYAAGCUGGUCCAGUGUGUGGACGCCUUUGAAGAAAAGGCCAACAUCGUCAUGGUCCUGGAGAUCGUUUCAGGAGGAGAGCUGUUUGAGCGCAUCAUCGAUGAGGACUUUGAGCUGACAGAGCGUGAGUGCAUCAAGUAUAUGCGGCAGAUCUCCGAGGGAGUGGAGUACAUCCACAAGCAGGGCAUCGUGCACCUGGACCUCAAACCUGAGAACAUCAUGUGCGUCAACAAGACGGGCACCAAGAUCAAGCUCAUUGACUUCGGUCUGGCCCGAAGGCUGGAGAAUGCAGGGUCUCUGAAGGUCCUCUUUGGGACCCCAGAGUUUGUGGCUCCAGAAGUGAUCAACUAUGAGCCCAUCGGCUAUGCCACAGACAUGUGGAGCAUCGGGGUCAUCUGCUAUAUCCUGGUCAGCGGCCUCUCCCCCUUCAUGGGCGACAACGACAACGAGACCUUAGCCAACGUUACCUCUGCCACCUGGGACUUCGACGACGAGGCGUUCGAUGAGAUCUCUGAUGAUGCCAAGGAUUUCAUCAGCAACCUGCUGAAGAAAGACAUGAAAAACCGCCUGGACUGUACCCAGUGCCUUCAGCAUCCAUGGCUAAUGAAAGAUACCAAGAACAUGGAGGCCAAGAAGCUCUCCAAGGACCGGAUGAAGAAGUACAUGGCAAGAAGAAAAUGGCAGAAAACGGGCAAUGCUGUGAGAGCCAUUGGAAGACUGUCCUCUAUGGCAAUGAUCUCAGGGCUCAGUGGCAGGAAAUCCUCAACGGGAUCACCAACCAGCCCGCUCAAUGCAGAAAAACUAGAAUCUGAAGAAGAUGUCUCCCAGGCUUUCCUUGAAGCCGUUGCUGAGGAGAAGCCUCAUGUAAAACCCUAUUUCUCCAAGACCAUUCGUGAUCUUGAAGUCGUGGAGGGAAGUGCUGCUAGAUUUGACUGCAAGAUCGAAGGAUAUCCAGACCCUGAGGUCGUCUGGUUCAAAGACGACCAGUCAAUCAGGGAGUCCCGCCACUUCCAGAUAGACUACGACGAGGAUGGGAACUGCUCUCUGAUUAUUAGCGAUGUCUGUGGGGAUGACGACGCCAAGUACACCUGCAAGGCUGUCAACAGUCUUGGAGAAGCCACCUGCACAGCAGAGCUCAUUGUGGAAACCAUGGAGGAAGGAGAAGGGGAAGGGGAAGAGGAAGAAGAGGAAGAGUGAAACGAAGCCAGAGAGAAGGGGGUUCUAAGUCAUUUUUAAAAGGACUGUUUCUCUAAA